CAGGCCAGUCUCAACAUAGGCUAAGGCGCCAUUAGAGGCUUCUUUCGAUAAAAAGAAGCUAAUAGAAGAAGAAGGCUCAAGUGCCAGUCAGCCAGAGGAAACAAGUAUGGUGUUCAUCCUCAUCGAUAGGCUCGUCCUUUGCUUCUGCAUUAUUCUGAGCUUAAGGCGGACAGGUGGGUUCUCGGGCAUUACAUUAUGUUACCUCGGGCGGAGAAGUCAACAGCAAUAGGGGUGGUUUGCGCCCUGUCUAUCCACCGAAGAUACGAGGAAUCUUCUUAUUUAUUCUUAGGGUGAAUCUUGCCAAUGCUUCGGGUUAUUCAAGGCUUCGAUAGACAUUGGGGCGUCGAUGUUCACUUUAUUUUAAGAACAGAAUGAUAGUAUAGGUUGCUAUUCGAACAAGCCACAGCAGACUUUCCCAGACCCUCUUGUUUGUUCAAUCGCAAUCUCACUACAUCGAAAUAGUCAAAAAGGUGUCACCUCACUCAGUUCGAGGGAUGGAUGGCGCUUUCUUGUGUGUAUCGACAUGUCACAUUGCUUGGUAUCUCCUCGCUUUCAAGUCUUGAUGAUGUUUUAGUAGCUUCGGGUAGGUAGAUGUAGACAGGUACCUUUGAUGUUUGAACUUAUUCGCGAUUUUGCUUUUAGCAGAGCUUCCUUUUCCAAGUAUUAUCUCUAUGGAACGAACCAAUUUGGAGUUCACUAUAAAUGGCAUAUAAAAAGAAAACUGAAUGAAAAAGAUAGUUUAAGCCAUAUCUUCCCUGGAUGGCUUUUUCUACAAAAGGGUGGGAGCAUAAAAUGUAGGUGAGUCAAUUGCGUGUGGCCUUCAAGUAUUUCGUAUUGUAACAAUAUUAGAUCGGCAUCCAAACAAAGGUGCAUGUACGGUUCCUAAGGGAUACAAUUUUGUCCUAAUCAUCGAGAAAGAUGAAAUAAGUUGAUAGCGCGAUCUCGUACUAACACAUACUCUCUAAAUAUUGAAGAACUUGCAUGCGGCCUUCAAGCCACAACCGCGGUAUGAGUUCUGAUCUCAGACUUUGGUUUGGGGGCUGCUGGCCCCUUCGCGUCGACAAGGAAACUGUGGACGACAAUGGGUUUAGAAUUAGAAUAAAACGAAGAGGCUAUCGAACAAAUAGAGGAAAGGGCAGAAAGGGGGAAAGUAAAUUCCUAUUACAUUGGCAUAUGGCACGAAAAGGAAAUCCAAUUUCAGUAAGACUUGAUCUAUCAUCAGAUUCUGGUUUUUAUCAAUGGGGGGGGCUUUUCUUAGCUAUCAUUGUGAUAGCUGCUUUAGUAGUAGAUCCCUCCUUGAUCGUGACAGAUCAGGUUAGGCAAGCACUACUUGAAGUGAUUCUGUCACUUUUACAAUAUGUUUUGCUAUAUGGUGCCACGCUGAUUGAAGAAAUGGUACCGGCCCUCUGGGGGCAGGAGCGAUGUGGGACCGUGGGCACAGGGGGGCUGGAAAGUCCUGCCCGCUCGGAGGAGGGAACCUCCAAGGCGGCAUACAUUUUUCUCACCAAAUCACAAAAUAGCGGCCAAGUCGGGCAAGAGGCCACCACAGGCCCUCUCCGGGAUCCGGCAGAUGGAGGGAAACCUUCCAAAAGCCAGUCUUGUUCACUAGCUGAAACAGAUGCAAGGCGGGACCAAGCUUUUGGGGUGAACUUGUGUGAUUUGGAAACCCUCAAAAGGGAAAAUACCUAUGAAGAGGUACGACAGAAGUAUCCAUCAUCCGACGAUGACGCUCGAAAGGCGGUUAUCGAACUUUUUGAUAAAAAUGAGCUUUUCGGUGCUAAGUUGCUCACACACUUUAAGCAAAGCGCCCCUAUGAGAGCUCUGGGGCCAGAUGCCUACCACCGUGAUUUAUCAAAAAGGAUAAACCAAAUCAUGAGAUGCGAGGGAAAGGACCCCGAAUCACUUAGAGACCUUAUUGAUCUUCAAUUUAAUUUGGAGGAUCCUCAAAGAAUGAAGGAGAUUCUCACUCGAUAUUUCGAUAAGCAUAAAAGAUAACCUAUUUGUUGUUCUGGUCGAUUAGGGGGUGCGGAAAUAGCUAGAACUGAAAUAUGCGUCCUAACUAUUGCCCCUUUCUUUAUUAUAAAAGAUCAAUUUUGAGCUAUGAAAGAAAAGCUGAGUUAAACAAUACUAGUCUUAGCGAGGAAGUUAAGAAAAAGCUAUGGAAAAUAUGACCCCCUAAACUUCAUUAUUAAUGAACCCUACUUUGGUCAAAACAUGUGUGGAAUAUUGUAUCAAAGAUCCAGAAUCUAGGAAUGAUAUGCUGCCCAUGUUCCAUAGAAAGAUCAAUCUCCUCAAUAAAUGUUAUUAGAACUAUGCUAAAUUAGUAGGCAAUAAACUCGAAGAUGAUGGACCUAAUAAUGAAAUAGAUUACAUUAUCGCGGUGUUUGCUAAAGAUAUCAGCUCGGUUGACUACUGUAUACACCACAAAUGUUAUUGUUUGAAGUAUUUCCAAUAAAGAAAACAAUAAGAAACAAUCUAUCAAUUUCCA